AUGAAUGAAAAUAAAAAAUUAGAUAUUAUUCGUAAUAUGCUAAACGCUUUAUUAGGAAACAAUGAAUUAGAAUACAAUGUCAAUAAUGAGAAAACUAGACUUAAAAAAAAAUAUAUAAACAAAUCUAAAAAAGCACUUAAUUUUUAUAGAAAAUAUAUGAAUACUAUAGAACAAAAUGAAUUAGAAAAAUUUACUAAUUUGUAUGAUAUUAUUUUAAAUAAUUCCUUUGAAUAUUCAGAUAAAGAUGAUGUAGAUACAUAUAUGUAUUGUAAUGUUUUUCCAAUACUAAAAAAAACAUUCGACUCUUUUGUUUUAUAUAUCUCCAAGAUAAUAUCGCAUAAAAAUGAUGAUAAUUAUAAAAAUAUUAUAAAAAACUUUGAUCCUAUUUUAUUAUUUUCUCAAUAUAUUAUACGAUUAACAGAUGAAGAAUUUUCUUUAAGUGAUGAUAAUAUUUCUGAUAUAGACAUAAAUGAUAUUUGUUUUUAUAAUAAAAAAUUAGUUUUUGAUAAUAAUAGUCAUUCAUCUAUUAAUAAAAAUGUGUAUUUAGAUGGUACUUCAAUAGAAAAAAAAAUCAACGACUUUUAUAAUAAAUAUGAUAACUUAAUACAAGAAAAUAAAUUAAAAGAAACACGAGAAAUACAAGACAUUUUAAAAUGUAUUUAUAAAAAAAAAAAUAUUUUAUCAGAAGAAGAAAUUUCUAUGUAUAAUAAUUAUUAUGAAGAAAAUAUAAAAUUAAACAGAAAAUUUAAACAUAAAAAUAGUUCUUAUGGAAAUUUUAAAUUUUCAAAUAUAAAUGAUAAUGAUUCAAAUAUAUUAAAAUUGAAUAUUAAUUUAAAUAAUUCUACUGGUAACAUUAAAUAUGAUACCAUUGAUAUGAAAGAUAAAGUAUCUUUAGAGAAAAAACAAAGUCAUGAAGAUAAUAAUGAUUUUAACAGUAUUAUUAAACAAAUAGAACGUAAAGAAAGUUCUUACUUUGAAAAAAAAAUAUAUAAAUUAUUAAAUAAAUGGAUAAAGGAAGAAGAAGGAAGAAGGUUUAUUAUAAAUCAAAAAUCAAAAAUUGAGCCAUUAUUUAAUGAUUUUAAAAGAAGGAAUUACACUGUCACCGAAAAAGAUAUAAUUCCUCUCUUGUUUUAUAUUGAUAAAAAUUUAUAUUUAAAUUAUUCUUUAGUACAUCAGUAUAAUUAUAAUAAUUUUUAUUACAUUUUUCAUUUACAUUCGUCCUUCUAUUGUUCUGAUACGAAUAGCAUUACAUUUGAAGAGCUAUGGGAUUUUAUAGUUUCCAACUUACCAUUAAAUAAUUACUUAUAUAAAGAAAAUAUUUUAAAAGGAUUAGAAAAAUUUGAAAAAAAAAGAAAAAUAGCUAAAAAAUUCAAUUUCACGAUUACAUUUAUUAAAAAUUUUUUUAUAUUUUUUUUAAUAGAUUUAUUUAUGUUUUUAUCUAAUUCAAUAAAAACAAAUAUAUCCUUAGAUAAACUUAAUAUUUCUCAAAUAGAUUCAGAAGAGACUCAAGAGAGUAAAAUAGAAUUAAAAAAUUUUUUUACUCAUAUUGAUUCACUUUCUCCCUUCUUUUCUUCAUUAUCUUCAUCUUCCUUAUCUUCAUCAUCAUUAUCUUCAUCUUCGUUAUCAUCAAAAUCAUCUUCAAAAAAUGAACAAAAAAGUUAUGAAGAUAACAGUAAUAACUUAAAUAACUAUAAAACAUUAGAAAAUACCCAUAUAACUAUUAAUAAUAAUAAUAAUAAUAAUAAUUUAAAUAGUAAUGAUAAUAUAAUUAAUAAUGAUAAUAUAAAUAAUAAUUCUACAGAAUAUAAUGAUAACUAUGAUAAUUCAUAUAAUAUUGUGGUACAAAAAGAUAAUGUAGAUUAUAUAAAUAAAAUAAAAAAUAAUAGGUAUAAAGAAAAUAUAUUAAUUUAUUUUUUAUUAUUAUUAUGGGGUAUUAAUAUAAAUUUUAAUAUAUGUUCAGAAGAAUUUAUUUUUUCAAAUGAGUUAUCUACAGACAUAGGAGAAGAAGAAUUGAAAAAAGAAAAUUCUAAAUGCGAUAAAAAUAUAUAUGAAAAUAAAAAAGAAAAUAAUAAAAAUGGCUUAUGCGAAUAUAAAUAUCAUAGUGAUAACAUCAUAACAAUAAAAAAGAAAUCAAAUAAAAAUUUUCAAAGAUCACAAAGCUUAUCAUUAAAUUUAAAUAAAAAAUUUAACGAAGAUAAAAAAAAAAAGAAAGAAACAAUUAAAAAUAAAAAAAAAAUAAAUAUAGAAGAAUUAAAAAAAAAAAAUAAAAAAAAAACAAAAAAGUAUUUUGAAGAUUUACAUGAUUUAAGAAAAUUCUAUUACAAAAAAAAUUAUAAUGAAAAAGUAAAUAAAUUAUUACAUUCCAUUGUAAAAAAUAUAAAACCCACAAAAAAGAAUUAUUACGAUAAGAUUAUAAAUAAAUUAGAAACUGAUAAGGAAAGAAUAUUUUUAAAUAUAUUUGAAGAAAAAGGUUUUACUGAUAACAAUAAAAAUAACAGAAAAAAUUUAAUUGAUAUUGAUAAGAAGGAUCAAAAUAGCAUAAAAUACAAUAGCAGUAGUAAUCAUAAUGAUAAUUCAAAUAAUGACAGUAAUAAUACAAAUAUUAAUAAUAAUAAUAUAAACACAUAUAAAUUAAUAGACACUUUAGAUAUAUUAAAUAAAAAAGAAAUUGUGUUUUAUUUAAAUAAUUUUGUUAAAACUUAUAUAAAAAAAAAAAAGAAAAAAAAUAUGUAUAUAAAAGAUGAAAAAAAAUUUACUUCUAAAAAAUUAAAAAAUAAAAAUUUGUUUAAUUAUAUCUUAAUACUAUGCAACUUCAAAUUAUAUAAAAGGAAAUUUCUUGAUAAAUUUAAGACACAACAUAUUUAUUUAUUACUAUUCUUUGUUCAUUAUAUAAAUAUGACAAUAAACUCAUUAUUUAAUGAUUUAUAA